CGUUGCCAAAUGACUUAAAAAGAAGGAAAAGUUGGAUCAACGCCAUGGCCCAUACGCAGUUUGGACGAGAACACGAUGAAAUUGGGAGUCCAUCUCAAUCAGCUGUUGUUUGCAAGGCACAUUAUUGAAAAAGACUACGUGCAGGAAACUAUUCAUGGGCGCAAACCCACUAUACAGAGACUUAAUUCUACUGCCAUUCCAAGCCUAUUUUCCUGGACCAAGCAAGAGACUGAAUCGUCCGCAAAAAGAAAAAUGAGGGCAGUUUCCUGUGAAAACAAAAGAACUAAACUUGAUGAAUAUUGUAAUAGAAAUCUAGAGGAAAGUUUUGAUUGUAAAGUUGGUUUUCCUGAAGAAGUCAUUCGUACUGCAGACAGGAUUUAUGACUGUCCACCACCAACUGCCGAGCUAAUAUUGAGCUUCACAGAUGGAAUUACGCAAACACCAUCAAUGCCUAUAUUUUCAGCAGAGAAUUUUGAAAUGAAGACAUGUGACACAGCCAUGCAUUUUUAUACCGGUUUAGAGUUGUAUACUAAAUUUUUAUUUGUUUUGACCACACUUGGUCCAGCAGCACAUUGUUUGAGAUACAUAUAUUUUCAAAUUGAUAGAGUGUCAUUUGAAAAUCAGUUUUUUUAUGACUUUGAAGGAAUUGAGGCAUUAUACAACCAACUUUGAACUGUCUAGAUUCUAGAUUGAAACUAGUGUUAAGAAUAUUGUGUAAACAUGGAUUGUUUUUAUGUCUAAACAGUGGCGUGAGGCUAACACAUUUAGUGGUUUAGUCAGUUAUUUUUCGCCAUCCAACUUCAAAUUAAAGUUUCCUACAACUUGGAUUAUUAUUGA